AUGGCUACCAUAACGUCGACCCCCGUCGUCUUAUGCGGCAAGACUCUAGAGGUCGGGGAGAAAGUUACGUCACUCAUUCUACCCGAGAUCGAAGUUAUCCAUUUUAUCAACUCAUACGAAGAUGCGAAGGCUCAUCUCGGCGACCUUCUUGCUGGUCGCGGGCCCAAGACACCCAGUUCUAACCAUAUCGGCACCCAUGACUAUAGCAGGCCACCGCGCGCUGUCAUCUUCGGGCGAGCAUUUGCUCCAGCUGAUGUACAAGAGCUCAAUCGCCUGUAUCGCGGAACAGGCAAAGUCCCUGUAGCGUGGAUUGCAGGAGACCCAGCUGUGAAACCGCCAGCACAACCAGGCCCAGGUUACGCAGAAAAAGGGGCGGACAAUGUUAAAAGGGCAUUUUUCAAGUGGAGUGAAGAUGGUGAUAACAACGAAGAUAUCCUUUACUAUUGA